ACAGCAACACACUCUCUGCAGUACCUCUGCACUGCAACCUCUGGUAUUCCAGAUGCCUCAGGGUUUGAGUCGGUGGGGAUGGUGGAUGGACAGCCUUUCUGUUCCUAUGACAACAAAGUUGGCAGAGAGAUUCCCAAGCAGGAGUGGGCAAAAGAGGCAAUGGACACACACUACUGGGAGACAAACACUCAGAUCUCCCACAGAGUACAGCAGAGUUUCAAUGACAUCACAACAACAAUGAAGAGCAUUAACCAGACAGGAGGUAUCCACACCUUUCAGAACAUGUAUGGCUGUGGGUGGGAUGAAGAGACUGGUGUCACAGAGGGAUAUGAUCAGUAUGGAUAUGAUGGAGAAGACUUCCUUACCUUUGACCUGGAGUCUAUGAGUUGGAUUCCCUCAAUCACACAAGCAUUUGAGACUAAAUUGAAGUGGGAGUCAAACAGAACAAAAAUUCUUCAAAGAAAGAUGUACUUAACUGAAGAGUGCAUUCACUGGCUGAAGAACCAUGUUUACUAUGAAAGCAGCACAAUACAUUGGAAAGGCCCUCCUGAGGUGACCCUGCUACAGAAGGACCCCUCCUCUCCUGUAACCUGCCAUGUCACAGGAUUCUACCCCAGAGGGAUCAAUGUGUCCUGGCAGAGAGAUGGAGAGGAUCUUCAUGAGGGUGUGAAGUUGGGGGAGACACUGCCCAAUGGAGAUGGAACAUUCCAGAUCAGAAGCUCCCUGAGACUCUCUGCAGAGGACAUGAAGAUGCACAGUUAUACCUGCACUGUACAACACUCAAGUCUGCAGCAGGAUGUUUUCAAGGUUCUGAAUGAAGGUGAGAUCAAGAGAAAUGGGUAUAAAUGA